AUGGACAUGGCUUCCCAUUCACGCCUUCUCCUUCCCUUUUCACUCUUCCUCACCUCUUCAGUCUUCACUUCUUCAGUCUCACACUCUCAGUUCUUUACCUGCUCUCUCAAACUCUCUCAAACUCUCACAAUCUCACACUCUAUAAAGUCUAAACCGUUUCCCCAAAUCCAAACUACUGCUUCUCCAAAUCCAAAUUCUAAAGAACAAACCCUAGCCGCCUCCAAUGCCGUUACCCAGUCCCCUCUCCGCCUCCAACGCCUAGCGCCACCGCCGCUGUCCACUCCUCUCUCCAUAGCUACCGCCGGAGUCCUCACCCCGUGUACUCUUCACGGAGUCAGUAAGUUUUAUAUAGGAUUGAAAGCUGACUCCAGUCUCCAAGUAUCAUUAUCUGCUCUGAAGUUUGAAACCCAUACACCCACGGUUUUCUUCAAGGUCAUGGAAACCAACACUAAUGAACCCUCUGUCCAAACACCAGCUGCUACAGAAGAUGAUGGUGCUAUUCCCACCCAAGUUGAAGAUUCUGCUGCUACCCAAGCUGAAGCAGCUGCUGCUUCUGAGUUGCCCCCAGUUCCACCAUGCCAAGUGAGUAUGACAGCUCCUGUUAGUGGUGGUUGUAGUGGUAGGAAAAAGUCUGUUGUUUGGGGUCACUUUGAAAAAGUAAAGAUAGGUGAGGGUGAUACUAGUAAAACUAAGGCUAUCUAUAAUUAUUGUCAAAAAUCUUAUAAUGCUGAUAGUAAGAGUUGUGGUACUAGUAAUUUGUUAGCUCACGUGCCAAAAUGUCCCAAGAACCCUAAUAGAGAAGAUGUAGUUAGAGGGCAGAAAACAUUAGCUUUUGUACCCAAAAAGGAUGGAGAAGACGGAUUCCACCUUGUGUCAACAUCCUUUUCUGUUGAGGCUUCUAGAAAGGCAUUGGCCGAAAUGGUUAUAAUUGAUGAGUUGCCUUUUAGGUAUGUUGAGGGGUAUGGGUUUAAGAAAUUUGUAAGUACCUUACAACCUAAGCUUAGAUUAAAUGAUAUCCCAUCUCGUCAAACUGUUGCUAAGGAUGUGAUUGGCAUUUAUAAUAGUGAGAGAGAGAAGCUAAGGAAAUCCUUGAAUGGUUGUAGGGUGUGUCUCACUACGGACACAUGGACUUCUAUUCAAAAUUUAAAUUAUAUGUGUCUGACUUGUCACUUUAUUGAUGAUGCUUGGAAAUUGCAUAAGAGAAUUCUAAAUUUUUGUCAAGUUGAAGACCACAAGGGGGAGACUAUAGGUAGAAAGAUUGAGAUGUCGUUGCGUGAGUGGGGUAUUGAUGGGAUAUUCACCUUGACGGUGGAUAAUGCUAGUUCAAAUUUAACAACAAUUAAAUUUUUGCAAAGGGUGACUAAAGAUUGGAAUGGGGCAGUUUUAGGAAAUGAGUACAUGCACAUGAGGUGUUGUGCCCAUAUCCUAAAUCUCAUUGUGGGGGAGGGUUUAAAAGAGAUAGAUGCAUCUAUUGCUAAGGUGCGUGAAGCUGUGAGGUAUGUGAAGUCCUCACCCAAUAGAAGUCAAACUUUUAGGAGUUUUAUGGAGAGGUUAGGUAUGGAGUCCAAGAGUCUUCUCAGUCUAGAUGUACCUACUAGGUGGAACUCGACCUAUAUCAUGUUAGAAACUGCUGAAAAAUUUGAGAAAGUGUUCCUCCGAAUGGAUUUUGAAGAUGAUGGUUAUUCAUCGUACUUUAGGACCAAGGAAGAUAGUGGUGGUUUGGGGUCUCCAUGUAUGACUGAUUUCCAAAAUUGUAGGGCAUUUGUGACUUUCUUAAGGCUGUUUUAUAAUGCAACAAAGAAAUUUUCUGGUUCAUUGUAUGUUACUUCAAAUGCCUUCUAUGAUGAGAUCUUUGUUAUUCAGGAAAUUGCAGAAGUGAUGGUUGAUAAGGUGAAAGACCUUUUGUUUAAGUUGUAUAAUUUUUACACUUCUAUUCAUUCACCAAAUGUGCAAGAUCAAAGUGGGAGUGAGAGGAUAGAAUUAGAAACUGAUGCUAGUUAUAAUAAUGAGCUUGAGAGGUAUUUGGCUGAAAACUGUGAUGGUAGAAAGGAUGCAAAUUUUGAGAUAUUGGAGUGGUGGAGGGACAAUUGUAAUAGGUACCAAGUGUUGUCUAAAGUAGUUAAGGAUGUGCUGGUUGUGCCAGUUUCCACUGUUGCAUCCAAGUCAGCAUUUAGCACUGGAGGUCGAAUUGUUGAUCCAUUUCGAAGUGCACUAUCUCCUCUCAUGGUUCAAAAUCUUGUAUGUUCACAAAAUUGGCUUCAAGCCACAGUUCCAAUUUCUCAUCGCCAGUCAAGGGAUGAUGUUGAGGCAUUGGAGGAGGAGUUACUUGACUUAGUUUUAAAUCAACAACCAACAGUAAAUACCAGCUCAAGCAAGGGUUCCACUUCAGGCAAACGACCCUUGAUUAGCAUUGAUGAUUAA